UUAAAGUGGCCAAUAUAGGGGAGAGGGAAAGGACAAAGAAUAGUACUUUCAUUUUUCUGAUUUCUUUUUGCUUUGGAGUCUGAGGAACAUCAAUUCUUUUUCUUUAAGAGAACUCAGGAACAGUUUUCUGUAAUUCUUCAGCUCAUGGAGACUCAGCUCAAUCAAAGCCUCUGGAUAUCUUUGGAAUGAUAAGAACAUAACUGGCAUGGCAUGGUGAUGAUGGUUUCCAGAGACUUCCAAGAGUGCUCCAUUUUCAUAAUUGGGGAAGACCCUUUUUCUUCUGGUAUGACUUCUCUCCUCUCUUUAUAGAUACCUCAAGAGGAGAAUGGCUUUGGGAAAUGAUUCUUCAGUGACUGAGUUCAUUCUUGUAGGUUUAACAGAUCAACCAGAUCUCCAGCUCCCCCUAUUCCUCCUGUUUCUAGGGAUCUAUGUGGUUACUUUAGUGGGAAACCUGGGACUGAUUAUUUUAAUCCUGAUGAAUUCUCACCUUCACACUCCUAUGUACUAUUUCCUCUUCAACUUGUCUUUCAUUGAUUUUUGGUACUCUUCUGUCUUUACUCCCAAAAUGCUGAUGAAUUUUAUUUUAGAAAAAAACAUCAUCUCCUAUUCAGGAUGUAUGGCUCAGUUCUAUUUCUUCUGUUUUUUUAUUAUUGCUGAAUGCUAUGUGUUGACAAUAAUGGCUUAUGAUCGUUAUGUUGCCAUCUGUAAUCCAUUGUUAUAUAAUGUCAUCAUGUCUUAUCAGGUCUGUGCAUGCCUGUUAGGUGGGGCUUAUGUAAUGGGGUUUACUGGUGCAAUGGCUCACACUGUAUGCAUGCUAAGAUUGUCCUUCUGUGAUGACAAUAUUAUAAAUCAUUACAUGUGUCUAGGGGCUGCCCUUCUCCAGCUCUCCUGCACCAGCACCUAUGUCAAUGAGCUGUUGGCUUUCAUAAUUGUCGGCACUAAUGUCAUAGUACCUAGUGUCACCAUAGUCACCUCUUAUGUUCUCAUCCUGUCCAGUAUCCUGAGCAUCAGUUCCAGUGAAGGCAGGUCUAAAGCUUUCAGUACAUGCAGCUCCCAUGUAAUUGUUGUUGCUAUUUUCUUUGGGUCAGCUUCAAUCACAUAUCUCAAACCACUUUCCUCAGGGGCUGUGGACCAGGACAAAGUAUCUUCAGUCUUUUAUACAAAUGUGGUGCCCAUGCUAAACCCCCUCAUUUAUAGUUUGAGGAAUAAAGAUGUUCAAAUUGCCUUGAGGAAAACCUUGACAAAAAUGUUUUCCAAAACAGAAGCAGGAUUUUGA